AUGGCGAAAACACUUAUAACGAGACAAUUGAGAUUAACAAUGCGGCGAUUAUAACUAACUUUGUAAAUUGCGAUGUAAUUAAAGUUAGUUACAUGUUAGAGAUUACUUUUGUAUUAUCUGGCCUGCACACAAAUAUAGAGCUCGGAAUGCCUUUAUCUUUAGGUCAUAUACCUAUAGGUGUAAGGAAUACAACAAUGGCGGCACCUCCAGCUUAUAAUAUGGUGAACAAUGCAACUGCUCCACCUGUAACUCCACCUACGUAUGGUUUUGUUGCACCGCCUGAUGCUAUGCCAAUGCCAGUGCCUAUGCCUAUGGCAAUGCCUGUUCCACCACCGUAUAAUGACGCGGCUAGUGGGUUUAACUUUGGAGGUUAUCCCACUGCACCAAUGGCGCCGUCUGCGCCUGAUUUUACUGCAGCGUCAGCUAAGUCAAAGGAUGACUGGGAGGUUUUAGAUGAUCCGACAAACUUGCCAACUUAUGACCAGGCUAUGGCUUAUCCUACAAAGACAUAACUUUGUACUGUUUUUAUUUUAUAUGAUGACAAUUACUAUAAAUAUAUGAAUAUUAUAGAGGUUUA